AUGCUGCCCACGGUUGAACAACCUACCCCUGAGGUAGCGAAUGGGGAUGUCAAUGAGAACACGAAUGGCGAUGUUACUAGAAUAAAAGUCAAACCAUCCGAAACAAACGUGGAAAAUGGAGAUGCAGACAACAUAACACCAUUACGGCAACUGUCAGAUGUUGAUCAUAUCUUUAAAGCAGUCAAGAAUGGUCCUAUUUUACCAAGACGACACGAAAGAUCCCCUUCCCCAAAUUCACCAGAUGAGUCAGUUAGAGUUGUUCCAAAUUCCUUAGAAUUUUCAUUUAUUGGUGAUAAUAGAGAGUCCCGAUAUGACCAAGACCACGACAACAACCAUCAUCACCACAACCAUCACAACUAUCAUAAACUACCACAACAUCCUAGUUCCUUUUUCACUCCCAAUGAGAGUUUUGUCCACAAUAACGAUGCAGAUGUAAACAGAUUUGAACCAGUUGACGACAAUGAAGAGGCUGACAAGGUUGAAGGUGAAGCACCCCCUCGUAGAGGAACUAUGUUUGGUCAUUCUCAAACUUUUAGUAAUUUCAUACCUGCAAGAUUAAAGGGGAGAACUUUUUCAACAAUGGCAGAUCCAACUUCCCCUACGUCUGAAUUUCCGAAUCAACAAGAUGGUUCAAGUCCUAAAGCUAAACACAACAGAUUAAAACAUUUUCUUCGUGCAAAUCGCAAGAAGGGAAAAGACAAGAGGCAGAGUAUUGCCCAACCAGAUGUAAUUGAUGAAUCUGAAACUGCGGCAGCUGAAAGAGCAGAGAAACUAUUAGCAGGAAUGGCAGCGGGUGGACCGGCAAUCAACUUGAUGGCAUCAUGUUUAUUAGAAGAUGAACAUGGUAUCUACAGAGCUCCUCUUUUAUUGUCGUUGCUUGGAUUUAAAGUCACGGAUAUUACAUCCAAAGAAACUACCAGGAAUAGAAGAUUUCGUUUCGAUUUGGAAUACGGUAUUGAUCGCCAACGAAUGAAAUGGAGCAUUGAAAGAAAUUCUACUGAUUUGGGAUAUUUGGCCUAUAAGUUUGAAAAGGCAAGACUUGUCGGUAGGGUUGUUGGUAACAAAUCUCAGCCAUUACCAAAAUUCCCUGUUCCUCCAAUUAGAAAAUCAGAAAAAGGAAAAUCAAAGAAGUUUAAAACAUUUGUACAAGGCAAACCUGGUGAAGACGAAGAAGAGCCUGCCACUGCCACUGCCACUGCCACUGCGGGUGAUAAUGUCGAUAAUCAUUCAAUUUCGCCAGUUACGUCAGGUCUUUCUAGAGUCAGGCUGCGCCUUGGUAGUAUAACGUCAAUUGGAUCUCUUGAAAGGCAUCAUGAAUCUGUGGAAAAUAGACGAAGAAAACUAGAACAAUAUACCAAAGAUGUUGAUAAUUAUUUAAAAGAAUUAAUUGAAGCAACAUCAUUAAAACCACAAUCAAAUAUACUUUUCAUAUUCUUUGAGUUGUCUCCACUUUCUUCAUUAUUGAGUUAUGAGACAGGUUUCUGUGGUAAACAAGGUGCUGUCCACAUUGGUGGUACAGCCAAUGCUCAAGGCUGGAGAGUUGGUCAUUUUAAGGCUAAUGACUUGAAAGGUAUAUACGAGAGGAGAUCAAUGAAAUGGAUGCUUGUUAGAGGCAGUUAUAUCACCUAUGUGGCAGAUAUCAAUUCGACAUCUCCUUUGGAUGUUUUCCUCGUGGACAGUUCUUUCAAGAUUCAUAGCAGAAUUGCGGAAGCUUCUGGUAAAGAUGAAGAUGAAUCUAUAUUUGAUGCUUCCUCUAUUUCACAGAAAAAGUUGUUUGAUAGUGAGAAUAAUUUCUUCCCACAUUUAAAAAUUACUUUGGAGAAUAACGAAAGAAAAUUGACAUUCCAACCAAAGUCACCAAGGGAACAUAAGUUAUGGGUUGAUUCACUUAGGACUAUGCAAAGCUUGACCCCAUACGCUGAACCAAACAGAUUUGGUUCAUUUGCUCCAGUAAGAAAGAAUGUCUUUGCUCAAUGGUUUGUUGAUGGUCGUGAUCACUUUUGGGCUAUUUCUUCUGCUAUUGAGAUGGCCAAAGACACUAUUAUGAUUCAUGAUUGGUGGCUUUCUCCUGAAUUGUAUUUAAGAAGACCAGCUAACGGUAAUCAACAAUAUAGACUUGAUAGGUUGUUGAAAAGAAAAGCAGAUGAAGGGGUAAAAAUCUUUGUUGUCAUUUACCGUAAUGUUGGUACUACUGUUGCCACUGAUUCCUUGUAUACAAAACAUUCGAUCUUGUCACUUAAUGAAGAAAAUAUUCAUGUUAUCAGAUCACCAAAUCAGUUGCUUCAAAAUACAUAUUUCUGGGCCCAUCAUGAGAAGUUGUGUAUUGUUGACCAUACUUAUGCAUUCUUGGGUGGUAUUGAUUUAUGUUAUGGUCGUUAUGAUACAGCGGAUCAUGUUUUAACUGAUGAUACCGGUGUUGAUUUUGAUAGUUUCAGCCCGGACGACAGAUUGACAGCAGACAAAUUUGCCGAAUUUCAAGUUUUUCCUGGUAAAGAUUAUUCCAAUCCAAGAGUCAAAGAUUUCUUUGAUUUGGACAAACCAUAUGAGUCAAUGUACAACAGAAAUGAGGUUCCUAGAAUGCCUUGGCAUGAUAUUCAUAUGUUCACUUGUGGACAAACUGCUAGAGAUUUGGCAAGACAUUUUGUUCAAAGAUGGAAUUAUUUAAUUAGACAGAAGAGACCAAGUAGACUUACACCACUUUUAUUACCACCACCAGAUUUGUCGGAAGACGAGAUUAUGGCUCAUGGAUUAGACGGUACUUGUGAAGUACAAUUAUUGAGAUCAUCAGGAAAUUGGUCUCUUGGUUUGAAACAACACGAGCAAAGUAUUCAAAAUGCAUAUCUUAGACUAAUCGAAACAUCAGAGCAUUUUGUGUACAUUGAAAAUCAAUUUUUUGUCACAUCGUGUUUUAUUGAUGGGACAGAAAUCAAAAACAGAAUUGGUGAUGCAUUGGUAGAUAGAAUCAUCCGAGCCCAUAGGGAAGGUACUAAUUGGAAAGCCAUCAUUGUUAUUCCAUUGAUGCCUGGUUUUGAAGCACAGGUUGAUGAAGCUGAAGGUUCUUCGGUACGUGUUAUUAUGCAAUGUCAAUUUAUGUCCAUAUCAAGAGGUGAAUCGUCUAUUUUUGCCAAAUUGAGAAUGAAGGGUAUUGACCCAGAUCAAUACAUUCAAUUCUUCUCGUUAAGAAAAUGGGGAAGAAUCGGUACUGGUAGAACAUUGGUAACUGAACAACUUUAUAUUCAUGCUAAAGCUAUGAUUGCUGAUGAUCGUACUGCAAUUAUUGGAAGUGCCAAUAUUAAUGAGAGAUCUAUGCGUGGUCUCAGAGAUUCUGAAGUUGCGGCAGUUGUCAGAGAUACCGACAUGGUCAAGUCUACAAUGGAUGGAAAACCAUAUUUGGCGGGCAAAUUUGCUCAUACUUUGAGAAUGAGAUUGAUGAGAGAACACUUGGGUGUCAGUAUUGACAUAUUAGAAGUUGUCGAAAGAAGAUUCAAGAGAUUCGAGAAUUUCGCAAAAUCUGAAGAAGGUCUCAAAUAUGCCACUAAUAAGUUCAGAUCCCGGGAGAAUACCUACUUGUCAGCAAUGGUUGAGAUUGCAUCAAGAGAUAUUUUAAAUCAACCAUCCGGUACAAGAAGGUGGAAAAAUUUCAUUCAUGUUUCUAAGUUUGAUGCAGAAAUUGCUGAUGUCAAUUUCGAAGAAGAAGAAUCAGAAUUCCCACCACCUUUGUUUUUGCCUGUUUCUAUGAAUAAUCGUACUGGUCCACAUGAAGCGAAUAAAGGUAUUCGCGAUAGCAAGAAGCAUUCAUAUGAUAAUAGAGUUCAAAAUAACGACUUACACAAGAAAGAUGUCUAUGGUGAAGGUCAAGAUAAGUACAGAUCAAAAUUGGCUCAAAGGGCAAGAAUGAGCAGUGCCAAGUUUUUGAAAGAUUUAUCCUUAAUUGAUAUGGAACGUAAUCCUACUUCGACAUUUUUACCAGAUUUUGAUAGUGUUUUAGAAUUUCUUGAGUCAGAUGACCACAAUAUAUCUGGCAGUAUGGACUCCGAAUCUGAGGAAAUAGUCACGGAAAGAAAUCAAGAAAGAUGGCUCUUGCUUAAAAAGAUUUCUUACUUGCAAAGAGUUGCUGCGAAAGAAAAGAGCAUGAAUGAAGAAGAGGAUCAGAAGAGAAUGAAAUUAGGCUUGCCAUUGUUAUGUAAGAAUGGAAUCCCAGCAAAUGAUAAUAUGACAGAUACAAAACAAGGGUCCCUUUUACCAUCGACUGAAGGUGUUGAAACUAAUUUUACCAGUAACAAAGACUCAGAGACUUUGAAAUUAAGUGAAGAGGCAGCCAGAGAUAUAAUCAACAGCAUGUCGUCCACAGAUACUGGUUUCUCAAAUUUUAUUGACCCUUAUGAGUUUGAUGAUCCUAUUGGUCCUGACUUUUAUGAACUUCGUUGGAACGAAAUUGCUUCCAGAAACACCGAACUUUACAGGAUGGUUUUCCAUUGUCAACCGGACGAUUAUGUUUCAAGAUGGUCAGAUUAUACUACUCAAACUGAAUUGCAAAGUCAAUUUAUGAAAGCCCAAGAAGCUGAAGUUGAGUAUGGACUGCUGAGUCAAUACUAUUCCGAUUCUAAAGAGGCUGAAAAGGAUGAAUAUGAUGUUCACUUGGCUAACAACAACACCAAACAUAGAUUAGAAAGAUCUGCAACUAAUGAUGAAUACGGGUUAUUAGGAAAAGCACCACCAGAUAGGGAUCAGGAAGCUAAUCAUGAACCAGAGAAGAACUUGCGUGCCAAACUUGGUCGUAGAGUUAGUAGUUUUACUGGUGCUCAUGAAACUCAAGACAAAAGACCAGAGACCCCUAAACCAUUAACCGAACCAUCUGAUAUAGUUGAUGAAGAAGAUGAAGAUGUUGAUGAUGAUGCCAAUGAGCUUGGGGGAACUGAAAAAGUUGCAAAUGGUAAUGAUAGAUCGCCUUCUUCUGGUUCACAUCACGAGAAACAGCGUCGUACGAGAACAAGAUCCAGACAAACAUCUAGAGCAAGACGUGGUAGAGCAGGUGCAUAUUCUGCAAGACGUAAGAUCCAAAAUGCUGAGGCUAUUUAUGAUAAGACGUCUGCUGAAAGAUUAUUGAGUGCGGUUCAAGGUAAUUUGGUUUAUUUCCCUACUGAAUGGUUAGAAACAGAAUUGAGAAAUAACAAUUGGUUCUAUAAUACCGACAGACUUCCACCUAUGGAAAUUUAUGAUUGA